GCAACUUUUUAUGCAGUUCUUCUGCCUGAAAACAAAUUUUAACUCGCAUUCAAAUAUUUUCGUUUAAAAGACUGCAUAAAUCUUGUCUCGAGCUCAAGAGUCUACUAGCUCUAAAACCCUGAUAUUUUUAGUUCCGGUUUUUGUUUGUUGUGAAAAGAUUGAAGCAGCAGCUGUAUGAAGAUUGGUUUUGGUUUGGCUCUUUUCUAAAAAAAAAUCUGCUUUGGUAGGGUUUCCUAGUAUUUGUUCCGCAAGCUCCACCCUUUUUUUUUCCUCAUCGGCAUCGUUGACAGCACGAUACAGUCUGUGUAGAAUCUUGAGAAUAUCGUGAAGAAAUUAUAUCAGAAGAUGAUAAUGGUUGCGUUUAGGGAGAAGAGGAUGAAGGCAUUCCCUUGAAUUUCUUGAAUUUCCUACCGGCACAUCUCUUGCACCUCCUAUAGUUUCAUUCGCUAGUCAGGAAAACUCUAAUCUCAUUGAAGUCCUGCAAUGGCACGCACUGGAAGGAAGAAGAAGCGUACGCACGCGAUCAAUCCACAGUCACAGGUGAAAGAGAGCGAGAAGGUUCCCAAGAGCUUUGUGAUAUCGAGGGGCAAAUUGCCGCCACUGUUAAAGCAGCUACAAAUGGACCUUCGUAAACUUAUGCUUCCCCAUACUGCCCUUAAUUUGAAGGAAAAGAGAAAGAAUACUCUCAAAGAUUUUGUGCAUGUUGCUGCACCUCUUGGGGUAACACACUUAUUGGUGGUGUCAAAUACAGAUAAUGCCCCUUAUCUAAGAGUGGCAAGGUGUCCCCAUGGUCCAACACUGACAUUCAAAAUACAUGACUAUUCACUAGCUGCUGAUAUUGCACGCUCCCAAUCAAGGCCCAAGUCAUCAUCAUCAGCACUUUUUAAAACCCCACCUCUGAUUGUUUUAGCUGGUUUUGGGUCUGAAGAGCAACAGCUAAAGCUGACAUCCGUUAUGUUUCAAAAUAUAUUUCCAGUCAUUGAUGUGAAUACUGUGAAGCUGUCGUCAUGUCAAAGAGUAGUAUUACUUGGUUACAACAAAGAGACCAAGCUGAUUGACUUCCGACAUUAUGCUAUAACCUUACGACCUGUUGGUGUUUCUCGUAGGAUUAGAAAGUUUGUGCAGAACCGUCAGAUUCCAGAUUUGAGGAGUCUCAAUGACGUGAGUGAAUUUAUUACCAUGCCAAACUAUGGAUCAGAAAGUGAGGUCGAGGAUGAAGCAGCAACAGUUAAACUUGCAAAUGAUUGUGGACGAGUAAAUCGAGCAUCUUCUCAAAGUUCUGUGAAGCUUCAGGAAAUUGGACCUAGGAUGACAUUGCAACUUGUGAAGGUUGAAGAAGGCUUAUGUUCAGGAGGCAUCAUCUUCCAUGAAUUUGUGAAAAAGACACCUGAAGAGAUUAAGAUGUUAAGGGAUAACAUAGACCAGAGGGAAGCAUUACGGAAACAGAGAAGAGCUGAGCAAGAAGCAAAUGUUCGCCGGAAGGAACUUGCCAAGCAAGCAUUGAAGCAGAAGUCACGUAGGGCAAAUCAAGCCACCAUGGAUGUUGAGGAGGGUGAAGGAGAUGAUAACAAGGACAUAGAUGAUGGAGAGUGGUAUCGCCGAGAAGUUGGUGAAGAACCUGAUUCAGAGUUUUUGAUGGGUGUCUCCAGAUCACAAGAUAAAAAUCACAAAGGAUAUAGAAAUAAAAAGACAAAGCAGGGAAAAGAUCAGCAGUCUGGAAAGAGCACUGCUAAAACAGAUAGUCAUAAAGAGGGAAAGUUCAGUAAGAGUAUGCAUUCUGCCAAACCAACGAAGGAGGGGGGAUCUAGAAAGCAUUUUGGUCAAAGUAUUGCAGAUAAAAUCUUGUCUCAGAAGAGAAAGAGUUCUCAAGGAUCUGCACAUGCAAAUAAACGGAGCAAAGGAAAUAAAUAGGGACUUCUAGGAUUUCAGGCUUCUGUCAAUUUAGUUUUGAAAUUUAAUAUGUUUGAAGCAUUUUGUCAUAUACUACUUUAUGUUUUGAUGCUUGGAUUUUGAUAAAAAAAUGUUCUAUGCAUCUAUUCUUUAUAAAAUCUCUCAUGUUCAAAUA